AUGGUUCGCUUCUGGCCGCUACACCUCUUCGGCGAGAUGAGGAAAAGGGCGCGCGAUCCGACCUUCUCGCCCAUAUUUGAACAGCCAGUCGUCGUCUCGACACCUAUGGUGAGCGCCCCGGGUAUCAGAGCCCAUGUCCGGGCUUAUGUUGAUAAAGAGACGCAGUGGCGCUCGAGUAUUCGUCUAGCAAAUGUGCCAGCCUACGCCGACUAUGACGACGAAGAAGAUCGUGAACCUAUGUGGUACAGGGAAGCACACCACCCAUCAGGGUGUCCAUGCUGCAUCGAGGGCACAGGCUUCCCGCGGCCGCCCUCUGCUACUCUUGGCUCGGAUUACAGUGGGAUCCGCAAGGUGUCGAGGGCUUCGACACACAUAUCGACCAACUCGGCCGACAGUGAGGCCAGCUCGGCGCCGGUUCAAAAAGAGACUGGCUCCGACCCCGCCUGUGACCCCACCGUCCGGGUCCGUCGCUCCGUGAGCACCUUUGGUCUGAGGAUGAAAAAGAGUAUGAAGAACUUAAGAGGUAGGCCGAGUGGAAAUCUGCAGUGA